AUGAUAUGGAACUUGUUCGUGGGUUACCUGUGGAAUGACACGACGACACUACACCGGAAUCACCGCAAUCCGGAUGUACGCCAGUGUCGUCGAGCGGUGCGAACAGGUAUAAUGGUACCGUACGAUAGAGUGUGUCACGUGCAUCCGAUCUACCCAACUCGGCCAGAAUCUCACAUAGCCGUCCAACGGUGGCGUGCUCCGGUUGCUGAAUAGCCCAUUCAGCUAAGAGCUGAUCCGUCCGCGAAAGAGACUGUCCAGUGGAGUCGACCUCCGGUACUUGAUCCGUCAAGUGCAACUUGA